AUGCCAUUUUCAUUAUCCAGUUGUCCCACCAUUAAUCUGGGCGGCGUGCAGUAUUUUAUUUACGUGAAUCUGUUCGCGAGGCGCCUCUUCCCCGGGUCCGCCGCGUUCGCUGCGAAGCCCGGUUGCGCGUACGAGUGGCGCGUCGCGCUAGAGUGGCUUUUGCUGCGGGCCCGCAGGGAUUUUUGGUUUGUUUUCCACCAUCACCACCUAUAUAUGUUGGAGGGGGAGGAGGUCCUCCUCCUCCACCUCCGCCUCCUCCUCCUUCUCCUCUUCGUCCUCCUCCUCCUCCGCCUCCUCCACCUCCUUCCCCCUCCAGCUUAUGGUGGUGGUGGUGGAAAACAGGUCCAUCAGUGA